AUGCCUUUGCAAGCCUUUCAAUCUCUAAGUCUCUUAAACGAUCAAGAGAUUUGCUUUUGGAGUCAAUCACGGGCAACACGCCAAAGAUCCAGUCACUGCUGCAAGAGCUUGGGGCCACCAUCUGUCUUUCCGACCUCACGUAAGAAGUCCAGACUUCAUGUAACUAAUGAGCAAGUUUCUCCCAAUCAGUCUCACCUCAAGACGCUAAGCACGACGCAGUAUGUCUUGGGCAUUACAAGUCAAGAGCAAGCUUGCAGCUUGGAGGCCAACCCUCAACAGAAAGGUCUUGCAGUAAGAAUCUCAGCCUCAAUCGGCUAUACGAAGAACGACACAAGCUGUGCUAUAAAUGAGCAAGUUUGCGCCAUGUCCAUCGGUAUAUCGCUAGCAGUGAGCAAAGGAAAAAGAAAAAUAGAACUGCAUGUGAUAACAAUGCAAUGUGAUAUCAGAUGCAGACUGCAGAUUCCACGACCAGGAAAUCUAAGCGAGGCACUUGAAACCUGUGACGGACUGCAGGAGCAAACAUGCAUGAGGGGUAAGUGCAAGUUCAUCAUGGGGUUCUUGAAUCUGCAGGGCAAUGCAAAGGGCUACCCGAGCACGAAUAUUGAGGUAAACAGACUCCGCUUGUAA